AUGCAACCCGAUGAACUAUCCACAUGCAAGUCCCAAGAAGAAUCCAAUCCGUCAGAUAGUAGAGAAUUGGAGCAUACCGAGGAGGAUGAGGACGACGAGAACUUUUACGAUUUCAGGCUGUUUAUCUCGCAGCUCCGGGAUUCUAGAGCGGAACCCAUCCUAAAAUACACGAAGUCAUUCCUGCAGGGGUUUGUGUCGAACCGCACCAUGUGGAGUGCGUCCGAACAGGUAAAGCUGCUCAAUGACUACAAGCUAUUCGUCUACGACAAAUACGCACAGUACGAGCCUUUUCGGUCGCUGGGCCCCACGAAACUGCGCAAUGCCAAGGAAGGCAUGGAGAAACUCCUGAUGGGCAAGCUCUACAUGCGCUGCUUCUCGCCAUGCAUUGGGCUGCCCGCCGAACGGCUGGAUCCGGAGCACGCCGCUGACCUAGAGCAGGAUGAGCAGCUGAAGGCCAAGAUAGCGGAGUACCGUUUCUUGGCGCCGGAGCACCUGGAGAUCCCCGACACGCUGUCGCCCAAGCUAAGCCGCUUCGUCGACCUUUCCGUCGCCGAGCUUGCGAAGAUCAACCAGUACAAGGCCCCCCGUGAUAAGAUCGUCUGCAUCCUAAACGCGUGCAAGAUCAUCUUCGGCCUGCUCAAGCAUUCACGUCUCGAGCACGGCGGUGCGGACGUCUUCGUCCCGCUGCUGAUCUACACCGUCCUGAAGAGCGACGUGUCCGCCCUGGCCUCGAACCUGCGCUACAUCGAGCGCUUUCGCCUGCCCGCAUUUCUCCACGGCGAGAGCGCCUACUACCUGAGCAGCCUGCAGGGCGCCGUCGGCUACAUCCUGCACCUGGAUCCCGAGAAACUGCACAUUCCAGACCCCGUUGCCUACAACGCCCUAUACGACGCCAACCGGCUCAGCCUGCCUGCACCGCCUCUCGAGGAGGCGCCGCGCGCACCCGCUGACUACAUCCUCCGGCCGCUGGAUGGCGCAGCCUCCACGGUCUUCAGCCUCUUUACGGACUUCCUGUCGCCCAAGAAUGAGAAGCCGCCCGACGCUGACGUAGACGAAAUCGACGAUCCUACAACUACUGAGCUGAUCCGCAAAUUGGAGCAUCAGGAACACCGCGAAAUGCUGCAGAACCUCCAAGGCAUGUUCCCGGACCUUGACCCAGGCCUCAUACACGACGUCUGUAUCGCGACAAGGUACCGCAUGGGAGCUUGUGUUGAUUCGCUCUUGUCAAUAUCGGACUGA